AUGUUCGUCGUGGGCCUCGCUUCUGCGACGGCUUUGAUCGCUACGGUUGCAUGUCUGAUAUCGAUUGCUUAUAUAGUAGACGAUAUUGACGACCUUCGCAAUGAAGUCCUGAACACGAUGGAUGAAUUCAAAGUAGUAGCCGACAGCACCUGGAACAAUAUCAUCGCUUUGCACCCACAUUCGCCGAAGGAGAACAGAGCGCCAGUAUCGUUCGCUACCCUGAUCGGUCGUCACAAAAGAGGCUCAAAUUCCCUGGAUGAGUGCAACUGCGCACCAAAAUCGGAAGGAUGCCCGCCUGGACCUCCAGGACCUCCUGGGCCACCUGGAAAGCCGGGAUUUGACGGCGAGAAUGGCAGCGAUGGACGUCCCGGUGUCAAGGGAGUCGCGAUAGCCGUCACUCACGACAUCCCUGGUGGGUGUACGGUAUGUCCACGUGGACCACCAGGACCACCAGGUGGUCGAGGACCGGCAGGGCCACCUGGUCGCGAUGGCGAACCUGGAUGCCAGGGACCACAAGGAGAAAUCGGUAAACCGGGACCGCCCGGUCCACCCGGUGAAAAAGGUUUUAGUGGCGUGCCAGGCUUUCCCGGAAAGGAUGGUUUCCCUGGCUCCCCAGUCGGAUUUCCUGGGAAAGACGGUGAAAUUGGAGAACCAGGACCAAAGGGAGAAGUUGGACCGCCAGGACCGAGAGGUCAUCGAGGAAAAGCCGGACCAAAGGGCCCACAAGGGCCUCCUGGAAUGCGUGCUCUUCCUGGUAUGCCUGGACACGACAAAGAGUACUGCCCAUGUCCGCCUCGUCGCUACCGCAAAGCAUGA